AUGAAUAACACAACUCACCCCCGAUUGCGAAAGUCAACCAAGAUGGACCCUGAAAUCAUGGCCGGGUCCCCCGAACCAAACACAGCCCAUGAACAAGAUUCAUUACUCAGGGAGGAGGAUAGACGCGAAAGGGACGGAGAGGAACCUGCGGACUUGCGUGACACAAACUACCCCCACUCGAAAGGCGCUAUGUUCCUAGGCAACUCUGUUUUACGUGUUAUUAGGACUACACUGGGAUGCAGCUACUCCAAUUUGCUACUACCGUUUGUAUUUCUGGGUAUAAUUGCGGGGAGUCAAGGAUGGGAUGACUCGCUUUCCUUCAUGUUCAACUUCCUGGCGAUUCUUCCUCUCGCUGCGUUGCUGUCAUUCGCCACAGAGGAACUGGCAAAAAGUGUCGGGCAAACCGUUGGAGGGCUGAUAAAUGCGACGUUUGGAAAUGCGGUUGAAAUGAUUGUGGGGAUCACUGCCGUCCGACAAGGAGAAAUCAGUAUUGUGCAGUCUAGUAUGGUGGGCAGUAUUCUGUCGGGAAAUCUCCUGAUCCUCGGUGUUUCAUUGUUCUGCGGCGGCUAUGGAAAAGAUGUGGUGAAAUUCAACGUGGAUGUCAGUGGGAUAUUAUCAUCGUUGAUGGUGGUUUCAUCUGCAACAUUGAUCAUCCCAUCCGUCCUCUACUCAACCAUACCGUCCAAAUCCCACGAAGUGGAAGCCAGCGUCCUGAGUCUCUCCCGUGCCGCCUCCGUGGUCCUACUCACUUUCUACCUGGUCUACCUCUACUUCCAACUGAAGAGUCACUCCGAGCUAUUCAUCGACGAUAAACAAGAAGAGGAAGAAGAAGAGCGACUUCUGGGCCCCUGGUCGGCAAGCAUCGUUUUGAUCCUCGCAACCCUUGGGGUCACCGUCUGCUCUGAUCGUCUGGUGGAUAGCGUCGAUGGCUUUGUAGAUAAGUGGCAUGUGAGUCGGGCUUUUAUUGGCUUGAUUGUGGUUCCAAUUGUCGGUAACGCGGGAGAGUUCAAUACUGUCGUCAAUUCUUCAAUCAAGGGAAAUAUGGACCUCGCAAUUGGCGUGGUGGUGGGAAGCACUUUGCAGAUCGCAUUGUUUGUGAGUCCGUUUCUGGUCAUGUGUGGCUUAGUUAUUGGCCAGCCCAUGUCCUUGCGCUACAGUCCCUUCGAAACUGUGGUAUUCUUUAUAUCGGUCAUAGUCAUGGACUGCUUGAUUCGUGGAGGUCGGUCCAAUUACUACGAAGGGUCUUUAUUGGUUGGAACGUAUCUGAUAAUCGCAAUUGCAUUCUACGUGCACCCAGACGCAGUCGAUGCACCUUUCGUUUAG